AUAAUAGCUUCAUUAGCGUUUCCUUUUUGGGGGGUAAAUACAGGCGAAAAUAUUGAUAAGUCACCUUGUCCUAGAGAGAUUCACGCAGUUAUCAAAACGUCACACCAGCGUAAUCCUAAAUGAAAUACAGGCCUUGUUUUAAGUGUUUCUAAAAUACCCAAUGGGGAAAAAAUUAUGGUGGGAAAAAUAUUGGAACCAUUCUUGCCAAGUUAAAAACAACUGGGAAAAUACGUCAAAUCCUGACAUCGGUGAGCUCUGAUCUUCAGGUCGGAAAGUCGGAGCUCUAGAAAGAGGCCCGACUUCCUGAGUUGGAAUUCCGAGUUUGAUAACUGUUCUAAUCGUUUUUUCCGAGUCGGAGCUCGUUGUUUUGAACGCUCGGAAGUCGGAGAUUUCUGAUUCCCCAGUUCUGAGUUCCCCGUUGUUAUGAACGCGGCAUCUAUUCCAAUUUAGACGUGCCACCACCUAUGAUUGCUUGAUGUUCCUGACCACCUGACUGACGUAUAACGUAGACGGUGCAGUAUAUGAAGGCGGAAGUCUUCUCCUGACGACAAUUGUUUUGGAAAAAAGGCUAGUGGAAGAAAAAUGGAGCCAAAGGAUGAGACUAGUCACAAGCUGGUGUUUGAGAAGGAGGGGGUGUACCUUCACACCAAUGCCAAGAGGAGCAACCAGGACACCACAAUCCCAGGAUUCAUCCGUAUAGUGGAACGGGGUGGGGAGCCAGCUUUGGAGUGGAGCGCACUAGAGGACGAGGGCCGCAAUGCGGCUGCUGUAUUCUACACUAAAAAGGAUGGAGAAGGAGGGGUGGAGGACACCAACUUUGACCCUGGCUACGAGCCAGACUGGGCAGUCAUCAGCACAGUGAAGAGAGACCGAAUCAGAGAGCACCCCCCCGUCAAAGAGACAAGCCAGUGGUCGUUCUCCCUGCCUCUGUCGGAGCUGUACUCUCUGCGACGGUCCCGUUUCUCCCUGGGCCGUAACUUCCUGGUUUUUACCAGCAGGGGUGGCCACCCCCUCCCUCCUCUGCACUUCCACAGGGGGGGUACCAGGGAGCUGUUGAGGGCCCUGCAGCGUUACAUCAUCCUGGCCCCAUCACCUGUAGAUGGUCGUCUCUUCCUAGCAUAUCCCCAUGACUCUGGGGCUCUCUCUCAGUCCUUUGAUGAGCUGCACCUCUUUGACGAUGGAAGCUCCGACCUCGUCUCUCGGUUUAUUCAGGACCCUUAUGCCACCACCUUUGGGGGAUUCUCCAAGGUCACCAAUUUCUUCAGAGGGGCUCUACGACCACCAGAUUCCCCCUUCCACCCCCGUGGCCCUCAGGACCACCAUGGGCCCCCCUCAGCUGACGACGAACCAGGCUUUGAGCUCAUCACCUGUGGGGUGGAGCUUGGCCCUAAACCAGACGUAACCAGGGGACAGCCUCUCGACAAAUGGGAGGAGUUCCUGGACCCAGAGGGGCGUGUGAAGGACCCACAGCAAAUCAAAGAGCUGGUCUUCAGGGGGGGUAUCACACCAUCCCUGAGGAAGGACGUGUGGAAGUUUCUGCUGGGUUUCUAUCCCUGGAAUAGUACUGUGAAAGAGAGGGAGGACAUUCUGAGGAUGAAAACAGAUGAGUAUUUCAGAAUGAAGGUUCAGUGGAAGUCAGUCAGUGAAGAGCAGGAGAUGAGGAACUCCCUCCUCAGAGGAUAUCGCAGCCUGAUAGAAAGGGACGUGAGUCGGACGGACAGACACAACACCUUCUUCUCUGGCAACGACAACCCAGGCCUGACUCUUCUCAAUGACGUGCUGAUGACAUACUGCAUGUUCAACUUUGAUCUGGGCUAUGUCCAGGGGAUGAGUGACCUCUUGGCUCCUCUCCUUUUUGUCACUCAGAACGAAGUGGAGUCUUUCUGGUGUCUGACAGGUUUUAUGGAGAUGGUGCACCAGAACUUUGAGGAGUCUCAGGAGGCCAUGAAGCAGCAGCUCCUUCAGCUCAGCCUGCUGAUGAAGGCUCUGGACCCUGAGCUCCUUGACUACCUGGACUCCCAGGACAGUGGCUCUCUGUGCUUCUGUUUCCGUUGGUUACUGAUCUGGUUUAAGAGAGAGUUCUCCUUCGAGGACAUCCUGUCCCUUUGGGAGGUUCUUUGGACUCGUCUGCCCUGUGAAAACUUCCAUCUGCUGAUGGCCGCUUCCAUUCUGGAAUCACAGAGGGGGGAGUUCAUCGGCUCUGACCACGACUUCAACACUAUUUUGAAGCACAUCAAUGAACUGACCAUGAAGCUGGAUCUGCAGACAGUCCUACGAGGAGCAGAAGCUAACUACCUACAGCUGGCCUGCUGCAAAGAGCUGCCGGUGAAGGUGCAGGAGGUCAUUGGUCUGUACGUUCCCCCCAGCCCUGAUGACGAGACGAGCCCAGAAUCAGAGUCACACGAGACACAGCAGCUUCUCAGCCAAUCACAGGCAGCAGCUACGGAAACGAGCCAGUCAAGUAACAGCACUGCUGCUGCAGCAGCACGCCCUCGCCCUACCUACCCGUAACUCUGAAGGACAGGGUGAUUGACAUGAGGAGAGAAAGCCAUUAACCAAUGUGAGGUGUUUCAUAUAGGAAGAUAUACGCCCAAUGGCCAGGUUUUUAAACAUUUUUUUUAUUUUUUUUUAGGUACACCCAUCUAGUACUGGGUUGGACACCCUUUUGCCUCCAUAACAGCUUGAAUCAUUUGGGACAUGGACACGUUGCUCAAUUGAUAUCAAGGGACCUAACAUGUGCGAAGGAAAACAUUCCCCAUGCCAUUACUUUACCCGCCACCAGUCUGUACCGUUGACACCAGGCAGGAUGGGUCCAUGGACUCACGCUGCUUACACCAAAUCCUGACUCUGUCGUCAGCAUGAUGCAACAGGAAUCGUGAUUUGUCGCACCAGGCAAUGUUUUUCUACUCCUCAAUUGUUCAGUGUUGGUGAUUGCGUGCCCACUGGAGCCGCUUCUUCUUGUUUUUAACUGAUAGGAGUGGAACCUGGUGUGGUCGUCUGCUGCAAUAGCCCAUCCGUGACAAGGACCGACGAGUUCAGCGGUUCAAGAUGCCGUUCUGCACACCGCUGUUGUAUUGCGCCGUUAUUUGCCUGUUAGCUUGCAUGAUUCUUGCCAUUCUCCUUCGACCUCUCCUCAAAGAGCUGUUUUCGCCCACAGGACUGCUGCUGCCGCACCAUUCUCGGUAAAUCCUGGACACUGUCCUGCACAAAACGCCCAGAAGGGUGGCCGUUUCUGAGAUACUGGAACCGGUGCACCUGGCACCAACGGUCAUACCGCACUCAAAGUCGCUUAGGUCACUUGUUUUGCCCAUUCUAACAUUCAAUGGAACAGUAACUGAAUGCCUGCCUGCUUUAUAUAGCAGGCCAUGACACUCACUGUAGGAGCUAACCAUUUUUGUGAAUGGGGUGGUGUACCUAAUAAACUGGCCACUGAUUGUAUAUUGGAUGAUAUGGGGCAUAGGAGAGAGAGUUUGAUAAUGUACUGUAGUACACGAUGAGGGUUGCAGACUGUUACCAUCUCUGACAGACGGGGCAUUAUCCAGUGAACGGUGAGAGGUUGCAGACUGUUACCAUCUCUGACAGACGGGGCAUUAUCCAGUGAACGGUGAGAGGUUGCAGACUGUUACCAUCUCUGACAGACGGGGCAUUAUCCAGUGAACGGUGAGAGGUUGCAGGCUGUUACCAUCUCUGACAGACGGGGCAUUAUCCAGUGAACGGUGAGAGGUUGCAGACUGUUACCAUCUCUGACAGACGGGGCAUUAUCCAGUGAACGGUGAGAGGUUGCAGACUGUUACCAUCUCUGACAGACGGGGCAUUAUCCAGUGAACGGUGAGAGGUUGCAGACUGUUACCAUCUCUGACAGACGGGGCAUUAUCCAGUGAACGGUGAGAGGUUGUUUUUUCAUGAAUGUAACUAUCCCAAAAUAUUGAAAUGGUCUAUAUAUGCAGUGCAUUGUCUUUAUAUAAAUACCGCAAUACAUUUUUUUGUUUCCCUUAAUUGGAUUCACACAAAAUACUUGUCCAGUCAUUUAUAUUUCCAUUUGUGUACCUGUCUUGUGAGAAUUUCUUUGUCUUUAAAAAAAGAUUCUUACAAAUUCUUCUUUGUGUGAAAUGCUUCCAUUUUAAAAUUGUCUGUUAGAAAGACAGGGAUAAAACAAUUUCUCAGCACAUUUGUCUCUUUUUAAUGGUGUAUCAUUGUGGUCUAAACUGCAUUAGUUCUCCUGUUCCUUCUAUCCGUGCUCUCCUCUCUUUUGCUGUCCUUCUCACGCUAAGUCUUCUAAAUAUAAUAUGAAGAAUAAUCUUACUGACAGAGCAUUACAAGUACUAUAAAAUGCCUGCCUUAUAGAGUGUUAUACAUGCAGUACUAUAAUGUUUAAGGUUUUUAACUACCGGUAUUAUGUCAUAACAAUAUUUUCACUUACCUGAAAUUGCUGAAUCUUACCAAAUAAAGGGUACAAAAACAAUCAA